AUGGCCUCUACCCAAGACCUCCAUAUUUCGAAUCUGUUCUCGCUCAAAGGUCAUGUCUGUCUCGUGACUGGAGGAGGCACCGGUAUUGGGCUUAUGGCCGCUCAAGCUCUCGCUGCAAAUGGAGCCAAAGUCUAUAUUACAAGCCGAAGGAAGGAGGUUCUAGAAAACGCCGCGCAGAAACACAGCCCACAAUCGGGCGACUCGAACCUUGACGGGCAAAUCAUCCCCAUCGGCCCGUGUGACGUGACCAAGAAGAGCGACCUCGACCGGAUCACUGCCGAGCUGGAGUCCAAGGAGAAAUACCUGUCGCUAGUCGUCGCAGCUGCCGGGGUCUCUGGGCCCAAGGGACACCCGGACACGAGCGAUGCUGCUCAGUUGAAGGCGCAGUUGUGGGAAGAGGACCCGGACGCCUGGAAUUCCACGUACAACACCAACGUGACCAGCGUGUUCUUUUCGGUGGUUUCAUUCCUGCCACUCCUGCAACGUGCACCCAAGGAGCAGAGAAGCAGCGUCAUCGUCAUCUCCAGCAUGUCCGGCAUAAUGCGUGACUCGCAAGCCCAUUUCAGCUAUAACGCUGCCAAAGCCGCCACAGCACAUCUCUCGCGCAUGAUGAGCAAGGAGUUUGCCAAGACCGGGAUCCGGGUGAACAGCAUCGCACCAGGGUACUUUCCUUCCGAAAUGACCAUGAAGGAUUCCGACGAGCGGAAUAAAGCGCACAUGCCGGAGGAGAAGGUCAAGGACAAGGGCCACGAGGUGCCGGCAGGCCGGGCGGGGAGCGACGAGGAGAUGGCAAUGGGAGUGAUAUUCCUGACCAAGUGCGGCUAUGUCAAUGGCGAGGUGCUCAAAUUGGACGGCGGUGUCUUGAACGAAGUCGGAGGUAGUUGA